CCUUCCCCCCGCCCCAAGUCUCCCCGCUCCCCUACCGCCGCCGACCUCGCCGCCGGCAAUGGCGUGGCUCGCGCGCUCCAUCGCCAACUCCCUCCUCUCCUCCGAGGAUGAAGAACCCGGCGGCACCGCCCCGGGCCCCUCCGCUGCCUCCCCCGGCUCCUCCCCGCCGCGCGGCGUCCGCGAGGACCUCUCCGAGCUCACCGGCGCACUCGCGAACCGCUUCCAGGGCCUCGCGUCCUUCCUCGCGGUCCCGGGCGGGGGCGCGCCGCGGGGGCCGGACCCGGCCGAGAUCGCCGGCCGCUUCCGCGCCGGCCUCGCGCGGCUCCGGGGCCGCCAGGCCGUCGCGGAUCUCGCCAAGAUCGCCUCCUCGCUGCUGCCCCCGGAGGGCGACGCGGGCUGGGCGGAGGACGCCGUGGGGGUCACCGAGGAGGUGGUCGCCUUCGCGCGGGACGCCGCCAUGCGGCACGAGCUCUGGCUCGACUUCCCCCUCCUCCCCGACGACGCCGACUCCGACGAUUUCGACAUGACCGAUGCGCAGCAGGACCACGCGCUGGCCGUCGAGAGCGUGGCGCCGGAGCUUGCUGAUCUGCGGAUCGAGCUCUGCCCCAGCCACAUGAGCGAGGGCUGCUUCUGGAAGAUAUACUUCGUGCUGCUGCAUCCUAAGCUCACGAAGGAGGAUGCCGAGAUUCUGUCGACUCCACAGAUUUUGGAAGCUAGAGACAAAUUGUCACAUGAUUUGCAAUAUCAGACAAAGUUACAGAGCAGCAAUGGGGACACUGUACCUGCGCCUUUCAGUACUGUAGAUGGUGCUUUAGCUUCUCCCGUAGAGGUUUUGGAUGCCUUAAAGGGUCAAGAUGGCUCCGUGAUGGCCACAUCUUUUAGCAACAUAGACUAUGGCAUCCCUCAACCAACCAAUCAGGAAUUUCAAUCAACUGAUGCAACCAGUGUUGCUGGAGCUGUUUCUUCAGAUAACAUAAGCAGCAGUGUACCUGUACAGCUAGUCCCCAUAAUGAAAGAUGAUACUGUGGUGUCAAAGUCUACGAUGGAAGAAAGCACACGUGAUCUCUCUACAGAAGAUGCAGCAGAAGAAGAACAGAGCGUGCAAAUGUCUGAGAUAGCAUUGGUGGACAAUUCUCCUCCUAAAGAUGAUCAACAGAAGCAACCAUUGGCUGACAUCAAUGAACAAUCAAGAGUUGACAUUCAGAAAGCUUAUCAUGAUGAGGAUGAGGAUGAGGAUGAGGAUGACGGCGAUGAAUGGUUGGAAGAGACAGGUGGCCCAGGAAACACGACGAUUCCAAUUGCAGAUGAUGAAGAUGUAUCCUUCAGUGAUCUAGAGGAUGACGAUGGUACAACAUGACAUCGUCAGCAGGGGCUUCAUCAUCCUCUUGAAUUUAUGCAGGCCAUUCCACUACAUGGUCAAAUGCAAUGAGCUUGGAACAUGCCCACUGUACAUUCUCAUACUCUCAUGGGGCUGUUUGUGACCAGCUGCUACUGCAGGAUAAUUUGCUGUGACCCUGGGACUUUGCAGUGCAUCAUGGCUUUCACGGUACAAAUAUGCCCCCCAUUGAUCGUCGCACUCGUGGUCGUGGAUUUAAGCUUGUGAUGUUAGUGACUGCUGUACAGUGUACAUUGGGUGCAUUGGAAUUUUGGAUCAAUACUCUGAUUCCUCCAACCUCCCACCCUUAAUUUACAAUCUGGAAUGCCGAAAUCAAGCUCGCCUUA